GCCAAAUGUAAAAAUAAACAAAAGGAAAAGACAUAAUAAAUGGCGAAAAAAGAAGAAAAAUGGAAAUAUCCUUUUUUUCGGAAGUCUCGCGAGAUUUCACGUUGGAGUCACAUGAUUUCUGGUCCAAAACGAGGAAGUCAUGGGUUUUUCUGGGUGUCAACAAAAGUCUCCUCGGCGUCUCGUAAUGUCGCCCCGCGGAAGUUUGUUGUUUUUUAUACUUUUUCUAAUAAAUAUUUACGCGUUUGUAAACUGUGACGCAGGAACGUCAUUAGCUUCAGGGGAGCAGGUAGAGUCUCCUUCGUUAGCGUGGUACCCCAGCUCUCCUGCGGACUCGUUUGUCCCCCUCAGUUUGAUGUCCUCCUUCCCCGAGGAUCUGGAGAUCAGCAACUACUGCCUGGAGCUUCUCGGCCUCUUCAGCCAGCGUUACUCCGACUAUGUCAAGUGUUUGGUUCCGGCUGCUCGACCCGUCAGGGUUUGCCUAAAGUGUUACUCCGGUUAUGGAAGUCUGCUGAACGCGUACACGAACAUCUCAUCCAACCAGAUGGGUCCGGGUAACGAGAGCUGCCGGGACAGCCUGCUGCGCAGCGACCGGCUGAUGCUGGUCUACGUGCUGUUCAGCAACAUGCAGGAUCUCUGGGAAAAAUCCAACUGUGACUUUUGUAUCACUGAAAAGUUCCAGAAUGUCAAUAACGAGACGCUAAACUUCAUGAAGAACCUCAACCAAACACUCUCCUGCUUUGAGAAGUACCAGCAGGGGAAUCACACUGAACUCUGCAAAAACUGUAAGAGCUCCUACAAAGGGUUAAAUGAGCUUUACAGCAAAAUGGAGAAGACUCUGUGCAUCGACGUUGAAGACGCGAUGAACAUGACUCGGAUUCUGUGGAGCAAGAACUUCAACUGCUCGCUGCCUCGAGACGAGACGGUUCCGGUCAUCGCCGUGUCCAGCUUCAUGCUGUUCCUGCCCGUCAUCUUUUACCUGAGCAGCUUCCUUCACUCCGAGCAGAAGAAGCGGAAGCUCAUCCAGCCGAAGCGGUUGAAGUCGUACACCAGCCUGAUGAACAUUCAGGACAAGCAGAGCUGAACAGAAGCGGAUGAACAUCGUUAGUUUACCUGAGGAGUGAAUAGCAGCUUCCUUUGUACCAAACAGUAUUCAGACCCACAUGAAUAAAAA